CCAUACUAUUAGCCCCACGCUCAUACAGCGCGGCGCUGGAAUUGGGCGAGAGACCGAAGCAACAAGCCGGGCGCCGGGAGCAGAGUCGCAGGGAUGCCGACGCUGCGGCGGCGCAACCCGGACGUGCACGUGAAGGCGCUGGAGGGCAUCGUGUCGGCCAACACCUUCUUCACGGUGGCCGUCUUCAUCGGCAUCACGGGCACCAUCACGCCCUCCGCCACCAUCCCGCCCGCGUGCGUCGCCGGCGACGACAUCGCGCGCAACUUCUUCCUCUUCGAGAUCCUCUCCUUCGGCUUCUACCUCCUCUCCAGCCUCGUCGCGCAGGGGAUGAAGCUCGCCGUCACGCUCCUCGCCGCCGACGACUUCUACGGCGACGGCGAGCAGAAGCCCCCGCCGUCCGACGACUGCGAGGAGAUGCCGGCGUGGCGCGCCGCUGGGCCACGGGAGCGGCGCCGCGCCGUGCUCAGGUUCGCGCAGCCGAUGAUGCUGCUGGCGGCAGGGUGCUCCAUCAUGGGCACCUUCUUCCUGCUGCUCUCCAUGGUGGACGCCAUCCAGCUCAAGUUCGGCCUCGUCUCCUGCGGCAUCCCGCUCGCCGUCGGCGCCACCUUCGCGCUCUCGGGGCUCGUCGUCGGCGGGCUGCUCUUCUACGGAUCCACCGUCGCGUAUGCGCUCACGCACUACCUGCCCUGAAUGCCGCCUGGCGCUCGAUCUGCCUCUCUGGGUCGUUGGUCAGUUAAUCGAGGAGUAGCUCAAUUCUUUUACCCUUUUCUUUAUUUCUUUCUUUUUUACUCUUUACGAAGCAGUGAGUAAUUAUUAACAGUCGAUUCUGGAAUACAUACCUGCAAUGCAAGAACAAGGUAUACAUGUUUCAUGCUUGCACCCAAAGGAUGGUGCCAUUCUUAGUGGCAAGGUUGUUGGCAACAUGAUUUUGUCUCUGUAAAAAACUACUCCCUCCGAUCAGGACAACCUGGAGUUUUGGACA